AUGAUGCAUCAUCGAUCAUCAUUGGAAGCAGCUUCCAAACCGGCAAAUUCCAAGACAAGACAAGUAAUCAUGGGCGAAAACGAUGUGGCAAUUCAAAUGGUAGCCAUCCUGGGUACCAUGUUGGCUAUUAUUGGAGGCUUGAUCACAAUCCAGACUCCCGAAAAGAGCGUCGGAAGUUAUUUGCCCUCUUCCUCCACCCAACCUUCCAAAAGAGCCUACGAACAAUUCGUUUUGGCGUACACCCCCAUUUGGAUGUUUUCAUUUGUCUGCAUUGUCGCCUUUGGAUGGUACGAAACCUUUGAUGAAUGGUCCUAUCUGAGGGUAUGUAUUGGACUGGCAAUGCCCUUUUUGUUGCAACCCAUCGUGUUGCCUUCUGCUGGAUGCGAUUCUCCAGAUGCCAAACGGCCACUAUUCGAACGGUAUUCCUUCAAGGCCAAUCUGUGGAUUCUCGUUUAUUCCUUCAUUGGAAACUACUGGUACACGCAUUACUUUUACUCCGUUCUCAAGGCCAAAUACACCAUGCCGGCUCACAGACUCAACAAUGUUCCAAUUGCCCUGUACUUUGCAACCCACUUUUACUUUAGCAGUUACCAUGCCUUUUCCAACCUCAUGCUGCGCAAGGUGGUAACAAGCUAUCAAAAGGGUUUCUUGCGUUCCCUUUUAUUUGUUUCAGUAGUCUUGUGCUUUUCCUACUUUACUGCUUUUAUGGAAACCUUGACCAUUUCGGCGUAUCCCGACUAUUCCUUUGAAGAUCAAGACAUGGCCUAUACUGUGGGGUCAGCCUUUUAUGGUAUCUACUUUAUUGUCAGUUUCCCUGCCUUUUUUCUGUUUGAUGAUGAGGUGGAUGCUGAGAAGAAUAAUGCUGCUGCAAGAAAAGUCACUCUCUAUGACUCCUUUUUGUCGAGCUGUGGACAUGGAAUGAUGAUAAUGAUAUUAUUGGACUUUGUUCGAUUGUAUCUGGACAUUCCAUUGGUUGUGGGAAAGCUGUGA